AUGGUUAGUUACGAAGCUAACAGCUACAGAAGAGUAGCUCGAGUAACGAUUGUGACACAUGUUCCUUUCAAGGUGGGAAAGGAGUAUCUUGGAUGUGACUUUGAUGACCUUGUGGUGAAUAACAAUGAUGUUGUGCUCAAAAAUAUCGCUGAAGAUUUGCGGAAUCACUUACCCAUCAAGGCAGUGUUUAAUUGGGAACAUUUAGCUUUGCAGAAAAUACACCAGCAUCCACUGCCCAUGAUUCAUAUUGAUGCAUUCCUUUAUGAUGAUGAUUUUGUUGACUCAUGAUGUGGGGAAGGGAAAAUGAGUAAGAACUACUGCACAGAGUGUGGCGCAUGCAAGGCUGCAUCUUUAGAGUUUAUUUCACAUUCCUUUUCCCCCAUGGAACUGAAGUUUCUUUAUCAACAUGUACUGCCUGACCUGACAGGAAGGGUAGUGGUUGAUGUUGGCUCCAGGCUUGGUGCAGUGAUACUUGCAGUGGUUCACGCAGACAUCUGUACUCAGGCUUCGCUUCUUCAGAAGGCUGAUGUUGUUGUAAUGAAUAAUGUCUUUGAAUAUUUUCUUGACAGACAGGAACAGGCCAGAGCUUGGGAAUUUAUUGCUUGUAACGUAAGGAAAAGAUGGUCAUUAUUAGUAACAGUUCUAAGGCUUGAAGAAUCUCUCUCAAAGCUCCAGAUGAAUAUACAGCUCAGCCAUUGGGUAGAAGAGAUGCAGCUAAACUAUGAUGUGUUCAUGGAGAAGGAGGUUGACAGAGAAGCACUCGAACAAAUACAUUUAUAUAAGAUUCUCUAAUACUGCACCAAUUUACUAAUAUCUUUGUAAAAUUAUACAUAUUUUGAAUAUAAAACAAACUCCAAAUAAUUUGUCUGAAUAAAUCAAGUGAAAAAUCUUAUUGUGAUUAAUCUCAGUAGUCAUGGCUAUAGUUUGAAAAAGGAUGUCUUGAAACAGGAUUCCUU